GAAGCAGCCAGUAGGCAGUAGGGACAGUAGUGCGUGUUAUGGUGUCCCGCAGUCAGUGCCAGUAGUCGCGCGUCUCAACGUGUAACAAGUGACAUGGGCCUUCCACGAGCCGGUAUCGGGAUCGUUUUGUUCCUGUUAUUCCUGACCUACACAACUUUAGCUGCCGUUAUUUUACCUAACACUUCAGGAAUUGACGGACAACUUACUGCUAAUCACAAAGUAGAUCAUUUCUUUUCACUUUGGAUGGUGUUUAAUAAUGAGGAAGUUAAAAUGUCAGAUGAACCAUUCACGAUAUUCGCGCCUCAGAAUUCGGCUACAAAGCGCGCAGAAAAUCUCCUUCACCAGCCAGAACUCAUCAAGAAAUUGUUACUUGAUCAUGUAGUGUUGGGAUCUGUAAUCGAUUUGACGAACGUUACAAACGAAACGUCUAUAAAGACACUUGGUGGUAAAACUGUUAAAGUACGAGCGACGAAAGAAAAUAGUUUGAGAGCCAAUGAUGCAAAUGUGAUAGAGAGAAAAGUCGUUGUUCCUAACGGUAUCUUAGUUAUCUUGGACGGAUACUUAUUUCCUCAGGAGCAAGACAUAAAACAGGACAACACUGUGUCGACCUCGUCGACUUCCUCGUCGUCAGCGUCAUCGUCACAGGAAAAACUAAUGGAUGUGGCGGCUACGUUUUCGGCAAGUUCGAACGAAAACACUAAAAAUCAAUCGAACACCACAUUCGUCGAGAACAUUAUGGAGGUGCUUUCGUUCCUCAAGAGCGGCGUUAGAGUCUUUCAACACUUCUUAUCGAGAUCUAACGUCUCCAACUUACUACUUCAAGGCGAAGAGUACACAGUAUUUAUCCCAACCGAUCACGCCUUCCAAAGGUGGCAUCCCAUCGAUUGGGGCUUCUAUCCAUUCAGUGUUCCAGAAUUUACCGAAAAUGUAAUCGUUAACCAUUUCGUCAAAGGAAGACUGAAACAGGAUUUAAUUAAAGACGGCGACACUGUCAAGACUUUGGGAGGAAAGGAGAUCAUUUUCAGGAAGGCUCCUCACCUAACUGUAAACGGUGCAAUGCUUGUCAAAGGCGACACUCCGGUUACCAAGGGUAAUAUCAUGUUCAUAGGCGAAGUUCUAUUCGUUACCGAAUCAAUUGUAUCCAAACUUCAUCAACAACACAAAGACAAAGAAACACCUCCAUUACUUGCAUUCCCUUGGUUUGGAGCCCAAUUCUUGUCGCACGCCUUCUUGGCAUUAGAAAGAGACAAGCGAUUUACUCACAUCACAAGAUUUUUGAAUCUGGCAGAUUUAGCACCGCAUGUAUCUGGUACUGGAUACACUUUCUUUGUACCUACCGAUACAGCGUUUGAAAAAAUUGGACUGGACCGAAUGCCAGAUAAUUAUUUGUCGACCGGCGAUGGUUUGCGCAUUUUGCUUAAUCAUUUUGUCAAAGGACGACUGUACGAUAGAGAUUUGACUGAUGGUCUUCAACUAGAAUCAUUGGGAAAUAAGACAAUAGCGGUGAAUAGAACAGAUAAAGGUGAAGUAUAUAUCAACGAUGCCAAAAUAGUAGAGAGUGAAGUUUUCGUUUACAACUUGGGAACAAUGUUCUACAUAGAUAAAGUUUUAUUCACAAAUCCCAACCUAUUAUCCAACGCCAGUUCCGUAACAACAGAGUCGACAUCAUCUCGGCCUUUUACAACGGAAGGAAAUGUCGAAAAAGUACCUGAAGAAAUAGCCGAAGGAACUGGUUCUUUACCAGACGUUUUGUUAGCUGAUAGCUCCGUUAACGACAAUGAGACAGAAAGUGUAACUAAUGCGUCACAAGUUAACACAAUUAAAUAACGUGUCAAUAUAGGAUUUUAACAAAAAGCCGCAAUAUAAUUUAUUUCGCGACUUACCACACAUUAACUAAGUGAAGUGUUACUGUACUCCUCUCACACAAUUUUUUGUCAAUAUUAACAGUUCCAAACGGUAAGUCGCAAAAAUAUAGCUUAUAAUUACUGAAUUGUAAUUUGAAAUACACAAAAUAAUAAAUAAAAAGAGUAUUAUUCAGUAACACUGUUUAAAUAUAUGUAUAUUUUUUAAAAAUGAGCGCUUCAACAUAAAUGAACAUUCUUAUUAUUCAGCUUAACUUCUCUCAAAAUUUAAAUUAUUUCAUUUAAAUUUGCUUUUUUGUUGAAAAAUAUUACUAUAUUAUAUAAGCUGAAUUAAGAGUAGUUUCGAUAUAUAUGCUCAUGUUUGUAAAUAACUGCUGUUUUUAAUAAUUUUAUAUUGUGGAGCAUACUUUAGUGAGUGCAAUGCCAAGUCCAUAUCAUAGAAAGCUCCAUAUAUUUAUGAAAAAAAAAAAAAAAAAAAAAUUGUAUGAGAAAGCACACUUUCAUUAGAACGAUUAAAAUAAUUCUUGAAAAAUUAUUUUUCUCAAAAAAUACCAAGCCAUCUGAAAUUUACACAUACUGCAUGACAAAACUUUUAAUUUUAUUACAAAUUUCUAUAUACAGAGUGGGAAGUUUAACUGGAACAAUUUUUGUAACUUAAUAAAUAAAGGUAUAUUGCAAACUUUCUGAAACACCUUAAUUUUUAUUUUCAGUGGGGCAUAUUACAAAUAAAUAUUAUUUAUUAAGUUACAGAAUUUGUUCCAGUUACACCUUCCACUCUGUAUAAUAAGUAUUAAAAGUAUUAAAACAUAUGUGAUUGAUUUAUUUUUUUAAUUAUACAUGAUGAACAUGAAUGAAUCAAUCAAAACUUCAAUUCUAAUGGAAGGGUGCUUUAUAAAUGAAAAAUUAUAGUUAUCAAUAGUAAAAGAUACCUAAAAACAUAGUUAUUCAAGUAGAAUACUUUUACUGUGUACAUACGAUAUAAUUCCUUUAUUUAUGUAUUAAAUUUAGAAAAUAAUUUAUACCUAAAAAAAUGACUGAUGAAU